AUUACUUGUAUGAUGCACGCCAUAUUCAACGUGACUUAUACAGGUAUUGAAAUAGGUAUUUCUAACAACCAUCAAAACAUGUGCAUAAUUUCUGCUACUUAUUAGGUAUAUUUAGUGCUUUAUUUUUGCAACAAAAAUAAACUAUUUUUUAUUCAUAUAUUUUGAAGUGAUUAAAUUUAGUUAGUGAUUGGAUAUUUUUGAGUUUAUUUCAAUAGUAGAAUUUUUUUGAUAUUUUUGAACAAUUAUGAGUUUUGCGAUACCAAUUAAAAGUGAGCCAGCAAUGAUGCAGCAACGUACAAAUCAAAUACACCAUACAGAUUUUCAUAAUCCAUCACAUCAACAAAAUGGUCCAGUACCUGCUGCUAUAGCGCCCACAGCACCAAUAACAUCACUUCCGGGUGCUACAACCGGUGGUAAUAUUGUUGCGAAUCAACAACAACCACAACAUCAACAAAUUGUGAUGCCUGGAUUUGGUGGAGGUUUACCACCUCAUUUACAAACACACACAAAUAAUAAUGGCUCAACAAAUCAGGAUGAUCAACAAUCCCGAUGGUCACAGUAUCAACAAUUAUGGCGUCAACAUGUUUACGGAAAUAAUAAACCAGCACAUUCUCAUGGACUCCACAGCGGCCUCAAAGAUUUGGCCGCAAGCGGGCUUUUGGAUGAUAAAAAAGACGAUUCAGAUCUAUGGGGGAAUGUCGAAGCACAAACAGCUUUCUUAGGACCAAAUCUUUGGGAUAAAAGUUACGACACAGAUUUAAAGUAUGUGGAUUUGGAUGAAUUUUUAUCAGAAAAUGGAGUAUCUAUGGAUGGAAUUGGUUCACAUCUGGGCAGCAGUGGUAGUUCGGGUGGUGGCGGAGGAAGUGGGGGUAGCAGUAUGGCGUCACACGGUCUACCAAAACGUGAACGAUCACCUAGUCCUAGUGAUUGUAUGAGUCCAGAUACAUUGAAUCCCCCAUCACCGGCUGACUCCAGUGAGACACGAUUUAGUUUAUGUUAUGAAUGGUCCCGCGACGACUUUGAAUGUCGAUCAGCAUUAUCAAUGGCAUCCUCGGGACGUGAUUUCGACCCACGAACUCGGGCAUUUUCCGAUGAAGAAUUAAAACCACAACCAAUGAUAAAAAAAUCACGUAAACAAUUUGUUCCUGACGAUUUAAAGGAUGACAAGUAUUGGGCACGCCGAAGGAAGAAUAAUAUGGCAGCAAAAAGAUCGAGAGAUGCACGUCGUAUGAAAGAGAAUCAAAUUGCACUGAGGGCUGGUUACCUUGAGAAAGAAGUAAGUGCUCUAAAGAAUAUGGGAUUAAGGCAGGAAAUUGAACGGCUGAAGAAAGAAAAUCAUUUACUCAGAGAUAAAUUAGCGAAGUAUACAGAUGUAUAAUAGAACGCAAAAUUAAAUUUUUAUAUAUUUGUGUAUCACCAUUUUUUGUGACAAAAUAAACAAAACAAAAAAACAUACAAAUCAAAAUGGAAAAUUAUUUAACGCAAUACAAAACAAAUUCACAUGGAUUCACAACAAAAAUAAUAAUAUACACUCACAACAUUUUUAAUAUAUAAGAAGAAAAACAUUGUCAUCUCGCGCCUUUCGCCCUCUCCCCCGAAAAUGAAGAAGAAAAGAAACAAUUUUUAUUUGGAAAAAACAAAAACAUUUGUAUAUAGAAACAUACACACGCCACCAUUAAAAUUGGAAUAAAUAAAAAAAAAAACUUAAAAUAAAUCCAAACAAAUUAAUUUCAGUAGUCAUCAUGUAGAUAAUAGUUUUAUUAUGUAUAUUUAGAGAUUAUUAUUAAAUUAG